GUGGAUCCCGGGUGCUGAGUUAAGGAAAUGAGGCAGAAGGAGGUGAUAACCAAGACCUUCCAAGGCCCAGCUGUGGUCUGUAGGACUCCGACAAGCCACAUUUACAUGUUUGAGAAUGGUGUUGAGGACUCCGAGGACUCCUCUGAGGAAGAGUCCCACCGAGUGGCCCUGCGGCCCCAGGGCAAGGAGGGCCAGAAGAAGGGUGCCCACCACCCUCGCCGGUCAGGAUCAGGGGAUGUGGUGCUGCUGCAGUGGGAGCUGGCCCAGGGGGACAACCUCAACAAGCUCGCUCUUCAGUAUGGCUGCAAAGUUGCAGAUAUCAAGAAAGUCAACAACUUCAUCAGAGAACAAGACUUAUAUGCUUUAAAAUCUAUUAAGAUUCCAGUGAAAAACCAUGGGAUCCUAACAGAGACCCACAAAGAACUCAGACCCCUCCUGAACUCAUCUUCAGAGACCAGAGUGACCUUCGAGGAGCAGCCAGACCCAGACAGAGCAGCUGUCAAUGCCAGUGCCUCAUCUAGCUCACUGACAGAUUUCUUUAAGGGCAUUGACCAGAAUAUUGAACAUGCAGUUCAGUCAGAAAUGUUUUUGAGUGAAAGUUACUCCAUAGAGACCUCCAGUCAGCCACUGCUUCCUGCUCCUCCAAAGACACUGACAAAUGGUGCAGACUGUGGGAUUCAGUGGUGGAAUGCUGUUUUUAUCAUGCUUCUAAUUGGAGUUGUUUUACCAGUGUUUUAUUUAGUCUAUUUUAAAAUACAAGCUACUAGUGAGACCCCUAGUAUCUUGAACACAACUGCUAUCCCUAAUGGCUCCAUGGCAGGGAAUGCAGUUCCAGGGCAAGCCCCCAGAUUAGCAAUUCCAAUGCCAACCAUCCCCUCUUCAGACAGCCAGUUCAGUCAGACCACUCAUGGGGGGAUCUAGCUCUUGUUUCUAAGGAAUCAGGCCAGCUUUAGCACUUAGGCUUCCACUGAUGUUGUCCAUAUCUUAGCAUGCUGCAUUUUUUUUUUCUGUGAAAUAUGGACAGAUUUCAGUAGUCACCAUUAUGUUCUCAGUCACAUUCAUCAUGGGGAGUGGACUCAUCCAAGCCUGUGGGAGCCA